AUCUGAAUUUGGACAAAGAUGUUAAAAUUUGUUCUUGUUGCAUGUUGAAUUAAAUGAAUACAUAAUACUCCAAUGGAAAUCACUGUAACAUAAUCAGGUUCAGCCCAGUGGUUGUCAAAUUUUUCACACAAAGUACCAACAAAGUAAAGACUUUUUGGCUUUCAGAGUAGCACCAGAUCUAAACCAGGUCUAUAACAGGACUAUUCCAGGUCUAAUCUAGGACAAACCAGGUCUCAAAGUGGACUACAUCAUUUCAUCACUCUAGUCUGAAACAAGAAAUAAUGCAAAGAAAGACAAAAAAAAAAAAAAAAGAGUUGAGAGAAGAACUGUCCAAGAAGGAGCUGAGAACCAGUUUGAGAAACAGUGGCCUACUUCAAACCGCUGGUCCAACAGGUGUGGACUGCUCCAGGAGGAAAAGCUCUGUCCUCGUGUUUCCUCUGUUUAAACAUGUGUUCUCUGUAAAUACAGAGUUAAAGUGAGACAUGCAGAGUCACAAAACUGAGUCAAAGAUGAAGAAAUGUUGUACUUCUUGAGAACCAUAAAGUGACUAAUCCUGAGACAGUGAUCUGACGUCACUGAAGAGCCACACUGCUGUUAUCUCUUCUUCUACUCUGUGGAAAUCUGCUGAGUUUGACAUCAUCACUCCCAACCAAUCACACACCAGACCUGACCAGGAACAGGAAGUAAGUCUGUGGUGUGGCAAAACUUAGGGGAAUUACCAUGGAUCGGAAUUACACUGUGGGCAUGAGGUCACUAACCUAGUACAUGGAGAGUGGUUAAAGGUGCAUUAUGCUUCCCUGUGAAGGGUGAUGUUUCCCUGGAGACUUUAAAUAAAGGUUUUAUUUUGUUAUUUUGAUCAUAAAUCAGUUCUUAUUCCUAUUAAACUUGAUUAUGUAUUCUCCCUUAUAACUGCUAGCCUCAUGAGCUUCAUUUGACUGGAGCUGAACACUAUGGCUGACAUCACACUCCCUUAGUCCACUUAUUUAUACACUCUAGAGUACUGAUCUCCACGAAUGUGGUUACACUGUGAUUAAAAAUAUAGUAACUGCUUGUAGUUACAGGUUUACUCUGCAGUGACUACAGCAGCAUCCAGCACAGCUAGUAGCACUGCGGCCGCAAAACACCAUGACCACUGAACCUGAGCAUCACCAUGAAGAUGAGGCCCACAGAGCACCUUUAACAACCAUACUUCACAUCAUCCUAAUUAUGAUCUCAGGAAAGAAUUUUGUAACAAAAAUGACUUAUUAAAAAUAACAUAUCACUUUCAGAAUCUUUAUCUGAUAAAAAGAAAAGAAAGAAAGAAAUGAAAGAACAUCAUUUGUUGCCUGUCUUUACCCCAAUAAUCUUGCUGCUAUUUAUCUGCUCUAAGUAUUUACUGUCUUAUUACCUUUAAACAUAUGAUAAGAAAUAUUUUUUAUUUACAACCAUGCUGAGAAAACCCAAGAGCUGAGAGGGUUUUUAUGAUUUAGAUGACAUCUUCUCCAGACUCCGCCAUCUCCAUGUGCUUGCUUAAUGUUGUUUAUCCUCUUUUGGGAUACGGUAAGCUUUACGGCUGGACGCAGCAGUUUGGGAAAGUGUUCAAGGAAAAUCGCGCAUGAUGGAGAUUUCCCACGUUUACACUCGCCUCCGCAAGGACUUUGGGCGGCCCUGUCGCUUCUCUGACCGCGACCCGGAGCUCACCCUGGACCUGUUACCGGACCCGGGCCUCAGCGCGCAGUUUAUUCUCCGCACACACCGGGACCAGGCCAGUCAGGCCCGCAGCGACAUGUCCGAGCACCAGGUGAACACUGAGCGCUUUGAGACGGAGAGCAGAGGGGUGAACCACACGGAGGGGGGCUGGCCUAAAGACGUGGACCCCAACGAGAUGGAACAGACCAUUCGCUUCCGCAAGAAAGUGGAGAAGGAUGAGGGCUUUAUAAACAGCAUCCCACAGCUGGGCAGUGUCAUGGUGCACUGUAUCCAGCAGAACAACGCUUUGGAUAUUUACCAAGAGUACUUCACUGAGGAGGACGAGGGGGAGUGCACUGAACCACCAUCUGCCAAAACCAUCAAUGUUUUUAGAGACCCAAACGAGGUGAAGCGCACAGUCACGUGCCUGUCAUGGCACCCGGAUGGAGGGAAAAAGUUGGCAGGUGCUUACUCCUGUCUACACUUCCAAACCUCACACUCAAACAUGUGUGAAGACUCCUACAUCUGGGAUAUUGAAAACCCAAAUCGUCCAGAGUUAACGUUGAAGCCAGUGUCUCCUCUCGUCAGCAUUGAGUACAAUCCCAAAGACCCCCAUACACUGGUUGGAGGCACCUAUAGUGGACAGAUUGCAUAUUGGGACACUCGGCGCGGCAGCCAGCCUGUGGAGCUUUCCUCGGUGGAGCACAGUCACAGAGACCCGGUUUAUAAGAUCAUCUGGCUCCAAUCCAAAACCGGGACAGAUGCAUUCUCUGCUUCCACAGACGGACAGGUGCUUUGGUGGGACGUGCGAAAACUGAGUGAGCCCACUGAACGUCUUGUCUUGGAUCCAGCCCGAGAAGGAAACCUGGAGCGAGCUUUAGGUGCUAUCUGUCUGGAGUAUGAACCUACCAUGCCCACUAAGUUCAUGGUGGGGACAGAGCAGGGUGUGGUGCUGUCCUGUAACAGGAAGGCAAAGACCCCUGCAGAGAAGAUAGUGUGCACAUACGAGGGUCAUCAUGGCCCUGUACACGCUCUUCAUCGCAACCCCUUCUUCCCCAAAAACUUCUUGACAGCAGGAGAUUGGGCCGCACGCAUCUGGUCUGAGGACAUCCGGGACUCGGCCAUCAUGUGGACCAGGUAUCAGAUGUCCUACGUGACAGACGCAUGCUGGAGCCCCGUGCGGCCUUCAGUGUUCCUCACCUCAAAGAUGGAUGGUGUGCUGGAUGUGUGGGAUGUUCUGUUUAAGCAGAAUGACCCCACCCUGAGUCUCAAGGUGUGUGACGAGCCCCUGUAUUGCCUUCGGAUUCAGGACAGUGGCCGUUUGGUGGCAUGUGGCUCUCAGGCGGGCUCUGCUACACUACUGGAGUUCUGCUCAGGGUUGUCUACUUUGCAGAAGAACGACAAGAGCCUACUGGCUGCUAUGUUUGAGCGUGAGGCCAAGCGUGAGAAAAUCCUGGAGGCCCGACAGAGAGAGCAGCGUUUGAAAGAACGCAGCCGAUCGGAGCAGAGCGACGCAGGACGUGACUCCAAUGAUGGCACUGAUACUCAGAGCGUGCAGCAGCUCAUGGCCCGUGCAGAGGAUGACUUCUACAGUGUGUUGGAGGCGGAGCUGCGGCGCCGGGAUGAUUCCCAACAGGACAACGACAAAGUAAAUGGAGAAGUGGUGCAAUAAUAUUUAUUUAUUAAAUUCAUUUCAAGUAUUUCUUCUGUUAAAUUUGCCAUGUAAAUAGUUAGUGUUAAUUCAACUUCUCUUAGUGUUAAUUUGGCUCCUCCCAUUCACCACUUCAAACUCUUGUGAGAGAAGACCAGUUUG